GCAAUGUCACCUGAUUUUCAACAUUGUGUUGGGUAGGGAAGGAGGGGGGACGGCAACGGGUUUUCAAAGGAUAUAGCAGUUCUAGAACACAGAUAACUCGUUACAUUACGUAAUUGUCCAUGGACUGUUGUCCACGAUUGUAGCACCGUUGACCUCGGAGCCGGAGAAACCCUUGGCUCGAGAUUGAGCUGACCGCUGUCCGCCGUCCACUUACCGGACGCGCGCCUCAUGACUCUCCGAAUCCAGCUGAUAAACAGCCAACACGCAACCAUUAUCAGUGCUUACGCUCCCACCCUCAACGCUGAAGAUGAAGUCAAGGAAGCAUUCUACAGCCAGCUCAACCACGUUCUCUCUACCAUCCCGCGAGCCGACAAGAUCAUCCUCCUCGGAGACUUGAAUGCCAGUGUCGGUAAAGAGCGCGAUCUCUGGGUAGGAACCAUCGGAAAGGCAGGAGUAGGAAACGUCAACGCCAACGGGACUCUCCUUCUGACCACAUGUGCCGAACACAAUCUGGUGAUAACCAACACCCUGUUUUGCCAGAGAGACGGCUGAAAGUCUCCUGGAAACACCCUAGGGCGAAACAUUGGCAUCUCAUCGACAAUCACUUCUGCUAUCGUGGAAGCCAUCUGCCAGCAAAUGUCGACCUUCAGGAUGAAAUCUAAUAUCGCCUGAAGUGCGCAGGGACUGCGUUCGGCAAGCUCCGUACGCGAACAUUUGAGGACCGUGAUAUUCGCACGGAAACAAAGCUCCUGAUGUAUAACGCUUCUCUUUGCAUCCGAGACCUGGACACCCUAUCGUCACCAUCCGAAAUCUCUCGAGAAGUUCCAUCAACCCUGUCUCCAGAAGGUCCACAAAAUCAGCUGGGAAGACAAGAUCCAACGUAUUACAAGACGCGAAAACAACUGGCAUCAAAGCCAGCAUCAUCAAGAAUCAACUCAGGUGGAGCGGCCAUGUAAUACGAAUGCCAGACCAACGUCUUCCUGUGCAGAUGUUCUACUUCGAACUGGUAGAAGGCAAGCGUUCAAGAGGGGGCCAGAAGGAGCGCUUCAAAGAUGUGCUGAAAGCGAACCUCAAGAAGUGCAGCAUCAAUGUCACUCAGGAGGACAGGCCUCUCUGGAGAACCACUAGCGGCGAAGGAACUGCAACUUUCGAAGCGAGAAGAUGUCAAGGGUUGGAGGAAAAACGGAGACAUAAGAAAGAGCGCCAACAACAACCACGGCCUGCUCUCCCGCCCAGUACCAGUUGCCCACAAUGCGGCCGAGCCUUUUGGGCAAAAAGUGGACUGAUAUGCCAUCUGUGGACACUCCGCUGAUCAAUACGAAGAUUAUCAUCCUCGACCAAAACCGGGGAUAGCCAGGACGACCGGAAGUGAAGGCGUGAGACGAGUUCUUAUAAAUAAACGCUUCGUAAAAACUUAACUUUUUCCAUAUGCAGCAUCUAGCAAAAGCUGUUUGUUGUCAAAAUUGAUAACUUUAAUCUUUCUUCUUAUAAUAGGCGUUUUGACUUGUUUCUCAAGAACACACUGAUUUAGUCAUUGGUACUGCAUAAUGUUAUCGGAAAUGGAAAGAACACUUACAAUUAAACCUACAUGCAAAUUUACAGGAUUAUAUCCUUUAAGACGGAAUUUUUAUGAACGUUAGAAAUUAGGAUGUGUGAGGGAAGGAGAUCCUUUGCCCUCCAGUCACUCUCCACUGGUUUUUCUUACAAAUCCUUGUAAUUUUGAAAGUUUUUAACCUGCCAGAAAAUCCUUACCUUAUUCGGUUGAAGAGCCUACAAAGAAUUUUCCACUCUCUCCCAAUAUUUUACCCUUUUUAAUACAUAUUCUGGCCAUAUUCUGGCCACAUUCUGGCCAUGCACACAUGCACGCUCUCCAGUUCUGAAAUCGGUCUCGUGAUCAAUAUUGAUGCAAAAGCGUGACCUCGUGUUGAUUUGUGUUAAUUAUGCAGGCAACACCUUGCCCCCACUAAAUCUGCAUACGUUAAGCCACGCAUGGUUGCGAACGUAAACAAGAGUCUAACAAGGAAAAUUCUUAUAAGUGAAAAUCAAAAUGGCGUUUACUUUAAGUAAGCUUAUGACCUCGUUCCAGUCGGCUUUUCAAAGCCAUUCUGGAGCAAUCAGAAAUACGACUAUAGCACUGAUCGUUUUUGGCAUCAACGCGGUCGUUCAAAGCGAAGACUUCUUCCAGUGUCCGCCAGACGGUUUCGCAUUUUAUGGAGCCUGUUUCUUUGUCAUUCCUGCCCUGUUUCUGUUUCUGGUCACACUAUUUCUGCACAAUGGAUUUUGGAAUCUUGUGCGUGGAUGCUGUUACUAUGAACAACACGAAAGACGAGGCGGCAAGCGGUUCUGUUGUUUCUUGUACCCUCGCUGGCCCUGCAGCAAGAAUCUCGUCGAAAUCAUCUUUCAGAGUUCUCUGUCUGGGUUUAUGUGGAUUUUCUGGGCCUUGUUACAACGCGAUUAUUUCAUCUGCGCCGCUCUUGGAGGCACGAAGGAAGCAAAGUUGAUCAACGCUUCUGAGGCGGAGAAAUUGAAAAUCGAAGCCGACUACGCGAAUGCGGGAAAAAAUUCACAAGCAGCUGCUCUCCUGUUACUCGCUGGUGCAUUGAUUGUAGGCUUUGUUGUGGUCUCCGUUCAGCGCUGCUGUUUUCAGCGAGAAAUCGGCUCUUUACCAAGUCCUUAUACCUACCAAAAGCUCGAGUCGGAAGCGGCAGUCGAAGCUUUCAAAGCCAACAUGGAAAAACUUGCACAGGGGCAAGGGAAAAGACGAGCAGAUUUGUACUUUGCCUCAAUGUACCCAAAGAAAAAUCCCUCCGAUAUACUCAAGAGCGCUUAUCAAGACCUCGUAACGGUGAAUAAAUUUGACAAAGCGUUCCCUUCCUUGGAAGACUACCAAGAGCUUCAAGCACAAGCUGCUGUAACCGCUUUCAAGGAAAAAGUGCAACAGGAAGGCAAGCAGAAAGUCGAGCUGACAUUUAUUGACACUACGUGGCGAGAAUACGAAGAAAGCGAUGCGUUCAACCUUGUCAACAAUGCGUACGAGGCAAUGGCAGAACGAUAUCCACGAUCAACAGGCGACAGAACACAGCCAUAUGUCAAGGAAAAGACCGAGGGAUCGAACGGCAGCAGGGAAGGCGGUCUUUCUCACGGUGUUGAAAUGCUUCCAAGAGCAUAAAAAGUUUUAUUGCAAGGAUAAACCGCUCUGAGAUUGAACAGAUUUUACAGCAUGCUGAGAACAUACCCAAGCUGAGAGUAGACAUUUUUAUUUUAUUUUCUGCACUCGUUUGGAUCAAGUCUUCCUUCAAGUCUUCAAUUCAGCUGUACUUUAAUUUCAAAUAUAUUUUUAUAUAUGUUUUUCUACUUUUAAAAUAUUGUCUUUCGUUAACUUUUCGUUAUGUUUAUCUUCGACCUCCGUUCUGCAUAUCAUAUUAAUAUUUUUUCCAAAAGUGUGAUGUUGCGGGCAGUUAACUGGAAGGGCCAAAAGGGGACUGGCUGAGAGUGAAGUGACCGAGGGGGAAUGGUGUAGAGGCUGCCUGUAGACAAAGGUUGUAAGCCGCCGUUCCGAUGCUCCCGCUGUGCACUAGGAUAUCAGAGGUUCAAGGUUUAUUUUUCUCUUUCAGGCAAACAGUCUUUAGAACAUGACAGCUAGCCUGCGAAUACAGCCGCCUCUCAUUCGCUCGCAGUAGCGGGCGCGAAUGAGAGGCGGCUGUAUUCGCAGGCUACAUGACAGCAAAAUAUUGAAUUUAUUGAAAUGAUUUGUCGAUCAAAUCGCGAGCGAUGCUGGAUUUGAACGAAGCAAUUUUUCAACUACUUCCGUUUUGUCAGUACUGGCCUAAUAUUACUGAACUCACUGCAGAACGAGAAAAAUGCAAGUUGUUUCCCUUGGCCAUGAAUAAAUGGAGAUAAAUUAAGUGUCCUUCUUGUCGUGAGUAAAGUGCAAAACAGAGCUUUUGUUCACGGUAGUAAAUCUAUGAACUAAAUAUUUGGGUUCCGAUUUGAACAAAUUACACUGCAAUAUUCAGGCUGUAUCAAAGGAUAACAUGGCGUGGCAUGUGAAGCAUGUGAAACAUGUGUUGAGCGAUGUCUUGAAUUAGAAAAUUUAUUGCGAUUGUGUCACUGACUUAACGUUGAUGGGCGACCAUUCAAAUAAAAAUACAGAACAAAGCAUGAACAGUUUUGUCUCUCAUUUUGUGGCUGUUCAAUCUUUUUCUUCUAUCGUUUGUAUUUUAACUGACUGAGCUAUUAGUCAGCUAAGGCAACUAACUGGCAAUCUGCAGUUUUUGUGUGAUCCAAAAGAUUUAGCUCAGUCAUAUCUUAGCAUUGGGCAAUGUUGAAACUGGAAACCUAUUAAAUACCCAAAACAACUGAGAACAAUAGACUGAUAGCCUCUCGUGAUGGCAAGUAGUAACGGUCAUUGUCAGCCUGAAGUGUUAACAGAAGUCAUUUGCAUUGCCUUUGCACAGUACUGUAGUAUAAAUUAAGUUGUCAUGCUCUAGGCCGGGUUGCUUGUCUGAAAAAGAAAAAAACUUAGCACCUUCACUAACAAGUACUGUAAUUACGGCAUAGCACCUGCCACAAAAACAUGCAACAUUGCACCGUCAUAAAAAUUUUUAUAGUAUGCAAACCGUAAUUUGGCCGAGGAAAAAUGUAACUUAAUAGCGCUGCAUGAACGCUAGAAAAAAAAAUGAAAAGCACACAAACAAUUUUUCUGAAAGAAAUUUAACGAAAGAUUUGUCCAAGGCCCCACGCACAACGCUUAUAAUUUUUAUCUUAACUCUAAUUUGGUCUGUUUCUGGUAGCUUAAAAGAAGCCAGAUAGACUGCCUACUGU